CAAUAUUUUGAGUAGUUUCACGAAGUUAGUAUAAUAAUGGCUGAAGCUGAUGACGUUCCAGUGGAAGAGAUCCAGAAGUUGGCGAUCGAUUCGGCAGAAGGGGUCGACACGGGUUAUAAGGCCCCGGCCAAAGUUGAUUUAACAACAAUUCAAAGUUUGGACGCAGAUGACGAAAGUUUGGUGAAAUAUAAACAAAACUUGCUCGGGCAAACCGAAGGUUGCCUGGAUGAGGGGGGUAACAAUGUACUUGUGAAGAAAUUUACGAUUGAAAUCACCGGGAAAGAUCCAAUCGACAUCGAUUUAACAGGUGAUUUAUCAAAAUUAAAGAAAACUCCGCUGAAAAUUCCAGAGGGUUCGAUGUACAGAGUGAAAAUCACAUUCAGAGUACAAAGGGACAUUGUUUCUGGGUUGAGGUUUUUCAGCAAUGUGAUUAGGAAGGGAAUUAAAGUCGACAAGAAUAGUUACAUGGUUGGUAGUUAUGGUCCGAAGACGGAAGAACAAAUAUAUCAAUCCCCGAUGGAGGAAGCUCCUUCUGGUAUGUUGGCACGAGGUCAAUACAAAGCUCAAUGCAAGUUCACUGAUGAUGAUAAAAACACUAUAUUAGAAUGGGAGUGGUUCUUUGAGAUUGUUAAAAAGUGAUGACAAUAUUGUUUAUAUUCCUGUAACCAAGAUGGCAGAUUGUUGGGACGUUCGCACUUAAACGUAAUUAACCAUUGUGAUGUCACAAGUCAACAAUAUCAUCAUAAUGCUUAUUAUCACAAACCAAACUUUUAACAAUGUACGACAACAAUUGUAAUUGUGACGCUUAGAAAUAAACAAAUGAAACUUAA